AUGAAAGCCAUCUACCUUCUGUUCGUCGUUCUGUCCGUCUUUCUUAUGUUUGACACUACCAAUGGAAACAAGAUCCUCGUCGCCACCAAAGCUUUCAAUAAGGGCCGACUAGGCCUCAUGGCUCGUGGAUUAUAUGACCGUGCCGACAACACCCGUGGUUAUUACGCACCCCCAUCAAACUCCUACCCGAUCCCCCCCUACAGAAUGGACUAA